UUUUUCCCCACUGGAAGUGAAGCGGAAGGAGAAUUUAAAAUAGUUGGGUGAGGGUGAGAAUAUUAUUUGGUUCCCUGGCCUAUUUGAGUAGAAACUAGUAAACUAGUAUUUUCUUUCUCCCCCAUUGUUGUACUGUACUUGAAAAAAUUGCAUUGAAUGGCAAUCCCCUGAAAUUCGGCCAGAUCUGAGAUCUCACUCUUUCUCUCUUAUACGCCACCACCCCUCUUCACUCUUCAAAAACCCCCAAAUCUCAGGGUUAGGGUUACGAAGCCAAUUACAACCACAGAUCCAUCAAUCAAUCCAUCAACAAUGGCGGUCUCGGACGGCGUCGUGAAGAAGAUCAUCUUAUCAUACACCUACGUCGCGAUAUGGAUCUUCCUGAGCUUCACGGUCAUCGUGUACAACAAGUACAUCUUAGAUCGCAAGAUGUACAACUGGCCCUACCCGAUAUCACUCACCAUGAUCCACAUGGCCUUCUGUUCUUCCCUCGCUUACAUCCUCGUUCGCGUUCUCAAGCUCGUUGAGCCUGUUUCAAUGUCCCGCGAUCUCUACCUCCGCUCCGUCGUCCCCAUCGGCGCCCUCUACUCUCUUUCUCUUUGGUUCUCCAACUCCGCCUACAUCUAUCUCUCCGUCUCCUUCAUCCAGAUGUUGAAGGCUCUCAUGCCCGUCGCCGUCUACUCCAUCGGUGUUCUCUUCAAGAAGGAGGGUUUCAAGAACGAGACCAUGGCCAACAUGCUCUCCAUUUCAUUCGGUGUCGCCAUCGCCGCUUACGGCGAGGCCAAAUUCGACACCUGGGGGGUUUCCCUCCAGCUUAUGGCCGUUGCGUUUGAGGCCACGCGCCUUGUUCUCAUCCAGAUUCUGCUCAAUUCAAAGGGGAUCUCGCUUAAUCCUAUCACCUCGCUCUACUACAUUGCGCCCUGCUGCCUCGUGUUCUUGUCGGUUCCGUGGUUGAUCAUGGAGUACCCUUCUCUCAGGGAUAACUCCAGUUUCCAUCUGGAUUUCGUCAUCUUUGGUACUAACUCCUUCUGCGCUUUUGCUUUGAACCUCGCCGUGUUCUUGCUCGUUGGAAAGACUUCGGCUUUGACCAUGAACGUUGCUGGAGUGGUGAAGGACUGGCUCCUGAUUGCGUUUUCGUGGUCGGUGAUUAAGGAUACCGUCACGCCGGUGAAUCUGAUUGGCUAUGGGUUGGCGUUCUUGGGGGUUGCCUACUAUAACCACUCUAAGUUGCAGGCUUUGAAGGCUUCCGAGGCGCAGAAGAAGGCACAGCAAGCUGAUGAGGAGGCUGGGAGAUUGCUGGAAGAGAGAGAAGGGGAAAGUGGCAAUGGAAGGAAGAGCGACAACCAGAGUUGAUUCCAUUCCAUUCGGUUUCAGAUCGGUGGAUGGAUCUUCAUUUUUGGGUGAGAUUUGUUGGAUUCAGCGUCGGUUGAGGCAGGUUUUUUCUUUUUUAAUCGUUUUUGGGUAUGUGGUGUAUUUUACCGUUGUUAGGUAAUUAUCAUUAUUAUUAUUGUUAUUACUGUGAUGAAUAUGUUACUGCUUGAUACCUUAAUCGUUGUUACCCUUUUUUUUAUAUUUAUUAUUAGAUAAUGUGUAUUGGGGGACUGAGAUCGACAUUUGCAUGUCCCUCCUCAUAUUGCUGAUUCAGUGUUUAUGACUAGAGAAUGAAUUAAGCGAUGUGGAUGUUCCCCCAAGCUCAA